AUGCCGACCACCGUGUGCACAGCCAAAGCCUCGUACAAAAAGUUACCUGGCUUGCUAGAGCUCACAGAUACCCAUUUACAAUGGACCCAGGAUGGCAAAAAACAGCCUGCAAUACGCGUCGCCCACGCUGAAGCCGCCUCCCUUUUCUCCAGCAAAGAGGGUGCAGAACAAGUCAGGCUCAAGAUUGUCCUCGUAAACAAUCCGAAUGGCCACACCUUUGCGUUCACAAAUCAGCCCCAAUCAGUCGCGUACCAAGAACGCGAACGGUUUAAGACCGAACUUACAACUAUCAUUGCCCGCAACAAGGCCAAUGCCGACUUGCCCCAGUCGACGCCAGCGGGUUCAGCACCUCAAACCCCCACGCCAAAUGGGAUACCAAGACCGCAGACGGCGAGGCCAUCGGCUGUUCCGUCUCGAGCCCAGUCCGUGUCCAGCGACAGAGCUACACCAACCAUUGUCGCCAAUGACCCCGCCGCUGACUUUCGACUGCGAAAGAGAGUCCUCACGAGCAACCCCGACCUCGCCCAGCUUCACCAGGAGCUUGUCAUGACUGGCCAAAUGUCCGAAGCCGAAUUCUGGGAUGGGCGGGAGCACCUUCUGCUAGCUCAGCAGGCAGUAGAGAACCAGCGCAAAGGAAAACCCGGCACACUCGUAGAUCCACGUCCAGAGACCGUUGACGGAGGAGAGAUCAAGAUUAUAAUUACCAAACAAUUAAUCGCCGAUAUCUUUGACGAAUAUCCGGUUGUUGCAAAAGCAUAUAACGAGAACGUCCCCAACAAUCUGACAGAGGAACAGUUCUGGCAACGUUAUUUUCAAUCCAAGCUGUUCAAUUCGCACCGGGCGUCUAUUCGGUCCUCUGCCACUCAGCACGUCGUCAAGGAUGAUGCUAUUUUUGACCAGUACCUCGAAGAUCCGGAUGACGGCAUUGAACCCCGACGGCAACGGGAUGAGCGACCAGAAAUCUUCUUGGAUCUUGGCGCCACGCACGCAGAUCAUGGGGAACCUACGGUGGAGAAAGACAUUACAAUGCAGGCAGGAAAACAAAAAGGAGCAAUCCCAUUGAUUCGAAAGUUCAAUGAGCACUCAGAGAGGCUGUUGAACUCUGCAUUAGGCGAUAUAUCUCCUUCAAAACGGAGAAGACUCGAUAACGGCGAGGCCUACUCACAGAUCGAGAUUGAGGACUUGCGGGGCUCGGAAGUGUCAGACGGAAUUGUACUGGACAUGCAGGACCGACAGCGGUAUUUCGAGGGAACGAUAGGGAACCAGCAGAAGGAUUCGAGCUUGAAGCUUAAUCCUGUCGAAACCAAGCGAGAAGCGCGAUUAGCACUGGUGGAUUGGGAGAAGGGGUUGAACCAGUUGAAGAUCGAGCGAAAAGGAGGUGAUUCUGCUCUCAUAUCCAUGACACAGAACGUCGCUGCACGGUUAGACGUGCGAUCGCGGAAAAACGACAUUCCGGAUGGCCUCUUCCGCCAGAUGAUCACCUGCCAAACCGCGGCCAACGAAUUCCUACGACAAUACUGGUCCUCUACCUUUCCUCCUCCAAGCGACCAGCUGCCUGGUCUAGCGGUCCCGACACCGGCUCAGCGAGCGACCAAAGCGCAGAAAAUGAUUGGGUAUCUGGGCAAGACGCACGAAAAGGUGCAUGCGCUUGUGCAGGUUGCGCAGCAACAUGGGAUCGAUGGGAGUAAGAUUGAGAAUGCAAGUACUUUGUUGUUUCUCGAUGUCCUGCACUGCUGA